AUCGGAACUUGGUCGGAUGACGGCGCACAGGCGUUGAUCUUGCUGAACACUUUGCUGGAAUGCGAUAAAUUCGACGCGGCGCAUUUUGCCGAAGGCUUGGUCGAUUGGUAUGACAAAGGCUUUAUGGCGGUCGGCGGAAUUGUUUUCGAUGUCGGAAUUCAAACGGCAAACGCAAUCCGCGAGUUAAAGCGCGGAACUGAGCCGCUUUUAGCCGGAGGAAAAGACGAAUACUCAAACGGAAACGGUGCGCUCAUGCGUGUUUUACCGCUUGCGCUCUGGCAUCAGGGUUCUGAUUCGGAAUUGAUUGCCGAUGCCUUCGCUCAAUCUGCCGUUACACACGCUCAUCUUCGUUCAAAACUUUGCUGUGCUUUGUAUUGUCUUUGGGCGCGGAGAAUUCUGCAAAAUGUCGAAAAUCCUUGGGAAAGCGCGGUCGAAACACUUUAUCGGAUUUUCCCCGAAGGAACUAUCGAGCACACUGAAUUUGAAACUCGAAUCUUUCCCAAAGAGGCGAUUUACGAUGUAAACGGAAGCGGCUAUGUCGUGAGCAGUUUACAGGCUUCGCGCUGGGCAAAUAACAAUCAAUCUUACGAAGAAACCGUGAAAGCGGCGAUUUCGCUCGGCGAAGAUACCGACACAACGGCUUGCAUCGCGGGUGGAAUCGCCGGAAUUAAAUUCGGUUUGGAAGCCAUCCCGAACCGUUGG